AUGGAUGACGGUCGUUGGGUACUGCCGUUGACGCUGCUGCUGCUCGUGACCGGUGGCAUUCCGGUGUCUGGUGCAAGCUUUAACCGAAUAGGGUACGAAGCGACCGGAUGUUCCCGCAACAGUCCCACGCUGAACAAAUGUAUGGAGCGUGCGAUCCAGUACUACAUCAGCUACAUGUACAGCGGGACGAUCAACGAUCGGACGACGGUGUCUUCGCUGGAUCCGCUUGCCCUGCCCGAUGCGACGCUGAUCGAAAAUGACGAUGUCGUGUCUACGUUCACCAACCGCGAAACGACCGGCUUCCGGAACAUGUACAUCACCGACGUUAGAUCGGAUAUAACACGACUAGAGUUCUACUUCAAGUUCCACAUCUCCGCCAUUGACACGAGGGGUUCCUACCAUGCACGGCUCUUGGCGCGUCCCGAAAUCGCCGAAUGGUCCCAGAUGACCUACUCGAUACGAAACUCCUCGAUUCAGCUGCAGCUGAAGGGCUACAACUACGACAGCGACGGUCGGGUGUAUCUGAAGGUCAACGUCACCGACUGGAGCCAGCAGAUCGGCGACCAUACCGUCGGCUUCCGGUGGUUCACGAUGAGCGGCAACUACAGCCAGUUUAGCGACCAGUUCGAGCAGAUACGCGGCCGCGACAUACUGCCCGUGGUCGAGCGGGAUCUGAUGCACAGCCUGCAGGAACGGUUUCAACGGCUGCUAAACGAGAUCUUACGGUUGGCCGCGUUUGAACGGUUCUUCCCCACCGUCUACUAG